UGUUAAUAAUUAGCAGCCAACGUUUUUCACGUGAAACAACACAACAUCAUAACAUGAGUCGAUCAGUUCGUGAAUAUCUAAAGUUAAACAGGACCAGUUUUAUUCUAGUGGAGUUCCGUUUUGUUCGUUGCAAAAUUAUGAUGAAUGGAAAUGAAUAUUACACUUUUGAAUGGAUGGACACUAAUUUGUGGAAAGAGUUAAUGGAAGGAACAAAAGAACUUCUUCAGAUUUACAAUACAGUCAACAAAUUUUCUGUGUUUGAACCUGCUACAACUUCAACACCUAAUUUAAAGCUGGCAUAUAUAUUAAAAGACAAUCUCAUCAAAACACACAUUUUUUUGGAGCCUAGCAGAAGCAACAAAGAUUGUUUUGAACCUGUUUUAAAACUUAAAGGAGCGCUGGCUAUAAGUGUAACUUUGAACAAUCCUGGCACAGACUUGCAAGAUGUACAAGAUGUUUUAUCCCUUAACCAUAAAGAAAGGCAGUUGAAAAUAAGCAGCUAUUUCGCGUAGAAAUGACUGGUUAAGGAAUCGUGUGACGAUACAUAAAAAAUGUAAAUAUAGUGCUCAAGAUUUAUGGCUUUGGCUCUUCGCUGGUAUUCGCGUGUUGCUGCGCAUUUUGGCUCUUUUUCGUCCUUUGGUGCAAGGACUAAAGAAGUUGACACUUUGUCGCCCCUAAUAACUGAGUAACUGAAUUACUGAUAGACCACGAAAAAUAAUUUCAUGCUGGACCCAAACAUGCGCAAUAGAUCUUGUUAAUGACAAA